AACGCUAAAAAUGAGAAAAAAAGAGAAUGCGAAAAUCUGCUCUCGCUCAUGAGUUGAUGCCGCCUUCGUCAAUUUGAUUUUUAAUACAAAUUAUACAGUUAUUCUACUUAUGUAAUGGGUUGCUGUUUUAGUAGCGACGAUGAUAAAAGCCCACAGCACAAUGAGCCAAAUGAAAGAACAAAACUAUUAAGUAAUCCUGUGAGCAAUAACUCUGUUAAACCAUUUAUUAGUGAUGACUAUGGAAGCAGCACGAAAUGUACACACAGUCAUAGGGUAGAUAAGCAGUCGGCUCUAAACAGAAUAUUAAAUCAGGCAGCAACAAAUGUGAUUGAUGUAUCAGGUCUGGAUUCUCCCUUGGAGCAAAAUGAAUACUUAAAUAGAGCCUUCCAGUAUAAUCAGAGAAUUAUGGUUUCUGCUCAAACUUUUGCAAGCCUUCAAAAGAAGCCAUCCUUGUUAGUAGACCUUCCUGCACCAGAAAAGGGCCUUGCAGUCAAUCCAAUAUCUUCAAGUGAUUUGAAAUUAGUAAGUUUGUAUAUAUAUUUUUUUUUGUACAGACUGGUAUAAUACAUCAAGACAAAU